CAUGCACUGGGGGGUUGGCUUUGCCUCGUCCAGGCCGUGCGUGGUGGAUCUGAGCUGGAACCAGAGCGUCUCCUUCUUCGGCUGGUGGGCCGGGUCCGAGGAGCCCUUCUCCUUUUAUGGGGACAUCAUCGCUUUCCCUUUGCAGGAUUACGGUGGGAUCAUGGCAGGGCUGGGCUCCGAUCCCUGGUGGAAGAAAACACUUUACUUGACCGGGGGAGCUUUGCUGGCCGCAGCUGCGUAUCUGCUCCACGAACUCCUGGUCAUUAGGAAACAGCAAGAGAUUGACUCCAAAGAUGCUAUUAUUUUGCAUCAGUUUGCAAGACCUAACAAUGGUGUCCCCAGUUUAUCUCCUUUCUGUUUGAAAAUGGAAACUUAUUUAAGGAUGGCUGACUUACCCUAUCAGAACUAUUUUGGUGGAAAACUCUCUGCUCAAGGAAAAAUGCCUUGGAUUGAAUAUAAUCAUGAAAAAGUUUCUGGCACAGAAUUCAUAAUUGACUUUCUGGAAGAGAAACUUGGAGUGAAUUUAAACAAAAACCUUGGGCCUCAUGAGAGAGCCGUCUCCAGGGCGGUGACCAAGAUGGUGGAGGAGCACUUCUACUGGACGUUAGCUUAUUGCCAGUGGGUGGACAAUCUCAAUGAGACCCGGAAGAUGCUCUCUCUUAGUGGUGGUGGUCCCUUCAGCAACCUGCUGAGGUGGGUCGUGUGCCACAUAACGAAAGGAAUUGUGAAACGCGAGAUGCAUGGCCACGGCAUUGGCCGCUUCUCAGAGGACGAGAUUUACAUGCUGAUGGAGAAGGACAUGCGCUCUUUAGCAGGGCUUCUGGGUGAUAAGAAGUACAUCAUGGGCCCCAAGCUCUCCACUCUCGACGCCACUGUCUUUGGACACUUGGCGCAGGCAAUGUGGACCUUACCUGGGACGAGACCUGAGCGGCUGAUCAAAGGUGAGCUGAUCAACCUCGCCAUGUACUGUGAGAGGAUAAGAAGGAAAUUCUGGCCAGAGUGGCACCACGAUGACGACAACACCAUCUAUGAGUCCGAGGAGAGCAGCGAAGGCAGCAAAACCCACACGCCUCUGCUGGAUUUCAGCUUUUACUCAAGGACAGAGACCUUUGAAGAUGAGGGAGCAGAGAACAGUUUUUCCAGAACCCCAGACACGGAUUUCACUGGACACUCGCUCUUUGAUUCUGACGUGGACAUGGAUGACUACACAGACCACGAACAGUGCAAGUGACGUUCAGCCUCACCGGCCCUUUUCUGCUGUGGCUGCCACUCCCCGGGGCUGGUCCAGUUUCCCAGGUGGAAAUCCAUCCGAGCUGGAGGGGAUCUUUGUGCCUGGCACAGUUCUCACAAGCUAACUGGACUACAGCAGCCUUAUUUCUUUUUUGUACAAACAAAACACAGAACCAUUCAGAUGGCUCCAUUUCAAAUACACAGAAUGAACAGGCAAAAACAAACAAACAAACAAAAAAAAGUCAGCAUGGUUCCUGAAAUCCACUUUUGUUUUCAUUUGAAAACCUAUAUUGAGAGGUAGACCCAGGUAUAAGAGCAGGUUUUCCUCAGAUUGUUUACGCUGAUCCUCUUCAACCUGAGGGCUUAGUUGUGAGAAGAAUUCUUGAACGUCCUUCAUGCACCAGGGUUUGAAGUAAUGAGAGAUGUCAUCAGAAGAAAUGUAGGAGAUGAAUGUUCUAUGGCUGCUUGUAUUUUGUAUGUAUAUUGUAUGUUGAGAGAGAAGUCCAAUAAAAUCCAUAGAUAUUCAGUGAACACCUACUAUGUGCAAAGCACUGUGCUAGGUGCUAACCAGUAUAAGUUUUUUUCUAAGCCCUGCUGGUGACUAGCUGUGUGAUUUCAGGCAAGUCUCUUAAUUCUUGUGUGCCUCAUUUCCCCACCUGUAAAGUGGGGCUAACAAUACUCUCCACCUACCUACCUCACAGGGGUGUUGUGAGGAUUCAUGGGGUCACAUUUGGAGCUUUAAACCUCUUAAUAGAGGUGCGACAUAAACACAACAUUUUAUUCUUUAUUGUGCUUCAUACAUUUGAAGAUUUGAGAGCAAAGGAAUUCACAUUCAGGCAAUAGCAGCCAUAGUCCCUCGAAAAACCCAAGCAGGUGGAACACACAGACACAGUUGGGACUCUGUCGUCGUCCCUCUUGUGAUGAAUUGAAAUUUUUUGUUGAAAAAACCUUGGAAAUAUUUUUACAAAUCAUCAACAGCUACAGGUGGUCUUUAAUUAUGUAUUCUUGCAGAAACGCCUUUCUUUCAUUGCCUGAACGCACACUGGAAUGUCGUCCUUUGCUGAUUUCUGCGAGUUAAAUUGCCUGUGUUUGACUUCUUUGGCGGGAAUAAAGCUCAGGAGUAUGAUGGGCUUAAUGGAGGGGUAGGGGAAAGUAUUUGAUUGAUUUUUGUAAGCAGAAGUUUGCCAGCUCGUAAUGUCUUUUUGAAAACACGUUGCAGGAGAUAAAAAGCAGGAGGAGGAAGAGGAUCGUGUUACUAGUAUCAAAGCACUUUGUGCAGUGUAGACUCUAUGCAGUUACAUGAGUGCAACUUUUCUGGAGUUCUCAGCCAUGGCCUAGUGAGAAGAAGACAACGCUGAGGACAAAUUUUAAUGUUUCUUAAGGGUCUCCCAUUCCCUCCCCAUACUCCUCCCUUCCCUAAGGGCCCAUGAACUCUGUAUUUACUGUACAUAGUAAGGCGCUCUAUCUCUGAAGACACGGUUUUUGUUGAUGUUUUUCCAUUGAAGUUUAGGUUGAAGAUCCUGGGGUGGUGGCUGUAGAUUUGGGCUAAUAGAGUCAGUGUUAAGAUUUACAGCUGCAAAGAAAACUGCUUUGUUUCUGAUUACAAUGGACAGAAUGGGUAAGGAUUAUUCAUUAUGGGCUUAAAGAGGCAUUUCUUAAAAGACAGCAUUUUCCUUUGAGAAGUUCUUCAAAAAGACUCUUUGAAUAUAGCUUUUGCAGAACAAUCCUGAGAUGCUGUGGAUUCACAGAGAUGAAGGGGGCAGUUUUGGAGGCUGUUUACCAUUUAAGCAACUGUGUAAGGGAGAUGGAACAGUAUGAAAUGCUGAGAUAUCCUAUUCUUCAGAUUAUUUCGUUGUUAGUAUCUUAUUAAAAUGAUUUACUUUUGAGAGGACUGAUGCCUAAUGAGAAUGUAGUGGCGAAGAUAUGAGUGGAUAAACCUGUUUUUUUUGUCUCCAGUUUCAUGUGGGAGGACUAUUUGCUGCUUUUUUCGCUAGUAAGGUGUCCCAAGGCCUGCCGGAGAUAGUUCUGUGUGACAAGGGACGCUCCAGACCUGAAAAUGUGAAUGUACUGAGCAGAUGGACUAUGGAAUUAUCUCCACAAAGACAAAGUCACCCUUUUUCCACCCACAGCUGGAAAGAGUUGUAUUUGAAAUUUUGCCCACAAUUUAUUCUUCUUGUAUAGCAUUGUUUGAUGUAUCUCCACUCCAAGAAUGAUUAAGUUAUGAGUCUGUAGGUUCAUAAACACAUAUUUUUCAUUGUGUUUUACUUGGAGGACAAGUACACGGAGAGCCAACCUUCUAAGUGAAGUUGUGGAACGGUUGGUUCCAUCCAGGUAACUCCAACAGGAGCUCGAAUGGACAUUGUCACCAGGAGGCUUCGGUACUGGCCUGCCAGCUCCUGACUGCAGCAUCAGCGUUGUGUAGGUGCAGUUUAAUCUGGAAAUCUAGAAUAUAUUCAGGUUUUACUUUCCCAAUAUAUGUUAUGGAAACAAAACAGCCAAGACAAAAAUCACUGUGGUGGGGAACGACUUACACAGUUUUUAUUAGGAGAGCUUUAAUUUUACGUGGUUCAUUCUUAAGCUAUCCAGAUUCGAAGCGUUCUCCAAUUUGGUGAACAGGUGCUACUUAUUAGAAAAAUUAACAUCAAGAAAUUAGGGGACAAAUUGGUCACCUGGCUCACUUGUUCCACUUCUGUGUUUCUUUUUACUGGAAAGUCACUUAAGAAAAUGUGCUCUUUGAUGUUACCUUGUGUUUCUGGUUGGACAGAAGACCCAUAGGCCACUUGUUCUCUUUCACCUCUAAUUGUGAUAACAAAUUCUGCCUCUCUGUGCACUUCCCUUUGCCCUCCCCACCUCCACAUGCCAGGAUUAAUGAGCAAGCAGUAGUGUGUUUUGCAUAUAUCAGAGUAGAUACAAGGACAAUAUAAAUUUAUGCAGAAGUAAACUAUAUUGUUAGUUUACCGUUUUGUUAUUGUAACAUAAUGAAUUGUGAACAGUGACACUACCAAGGCCAUGGGCUACCCAGGAGACUGAUCACAGACUUAGAGCAUCUGGGACGUGCAUCGCAGCAGCUGUCUAGUCCUCCAAUGAGCCCUGCUGGUGUGUGCUGGGGUACUAGGAUAUGCUUUUGUGAAACAGGGUUCAAGAAAGGUAGUGUUAAGGAUUAGCCUCAUGGGUCUUGCUUGGAUUACUUGAGAGUGUUGAAUCAUUGAAAUGGUUAGCUAGGCCAUGGAUUAGCUUUAGGAAGCCCCUAACAAGAGAGCCCUGAGGUCAUUAUUGACUCAGUGUCACAUAAAUAUUUAUUUGCAAGGCAGGACCAGGAACUGAGUGAGAUCUUUCACUUUGCCUUAGAUUGUUCUUGUUAUUAUACCACUUUGACUUGAUUUCCUUUUAAAAUACACACGCCCUGAGAGAUCACUCCUAGAAGUUCCUAGAACUAGCACACCCCCAGCCUCCCAGAGAGUGAUGGGAAUCCUCCACCUUUGUCCCUCAUGUCUGUCUAGCCUGAUCCAGGCCAAUUCAAGAGACCUUUCCUCAGUAUCUACUCUCUGCAAGGCACUGCUAGGCUCUGUGAAUGACACCAAGAUUGAUUUCCAAGUCACCAGUACUCCUCAUUCUUUGUUAUUUAUCUUUUAAGCAUCCACACCCAUCUGCUCACUGUCCACUGGACACCUACCCUGUGCCUUGCCUGCAGGUCCACUGUAUUGAAUGAUGAACAGAGCAGACAUGAACCGCGCGUUCAGCACAUCCUCUUCUGGCUGGCUGGACCUCUGCAGUAGCCUCCUUUACAUGCUUGUCCACUUCCCAAACCCAUUCCACCUACCACCACCAGGUCAAUCUUUGUAUAAAGCUCUGGCCCUCAUGGGGUACCAUAUUACCUCAGGGUGAGGGUCAUUUCUUAGGGCGGGAUGUCCUUACCUCUUUAUUUACCUUUUCACCUGGAGCUCCUUCAUGUGAGCCUUCCAGGUGCAUCCAGGUUGGUUCCUGUGCUGUGGCCCAAACAUGCCUCAUGUGCCCCCACUCUGUGUCUGUUCAUGCCAGUCCCUCUCGUGAAAUGCCUGCCCUUCCUCUUCACUGGCCCAACUCAUACCCACCUAUCAAGGCCCAACUUCACUGGUUCCGCAAGAAGGUGUCUCAGCUCAUUAUAAUCUGCCUUUCCUCUGGAAACACUACAUUCAUCAUUCCCUUCCCUGAAGGCUGCGUGGGAAAGGUGUGUUAAGAAAGUGGGCCACAAGCUAGAAAGCAGUGCUUUCAAAUUUUUGUGUCUAAUGAAAGUCAUAUACCCUAUUCCCUGAAAAAUACACAUAUGCAAAUAUGUACAAUUUACAUACAAGUUCAGGAGAUUCAGAAACCUUUUGAAAUUAUCUGUGGAUUCUUUAAGGAGUUCAUGAACCCUAGGUGAAGAAGCUUUCUUCUAAAGAGCCUGUAAAAAUUGUUGUUAGUGUUCAUUCUUUCUUGCCUUUAACAUAUCCAGAGAGGAGAAAAAUUGGCAUGGGAUGUGCAAGCAGAAGUAAUCUCUUAUUUCCCUGUUGAGUAUGUUCUGAGUGACAGGAAGGAAAGAGGAAGAGCUGGCUUGCUUUAAUUGAAAGAAUAACUUUGUUUUGACAGAUUUGGCAUUUUGAAAGUGAUGGGGUUUUGUUGUCACCAUUGUCAUUUAUCCUUAAACAUCCAAAAGGUUGAUUUAUCAAAAUUAGUUGAGGGCCAGGUGAGCUUCAUUUGAGCCCUGAAACCCACCGCUUCUGCAUUGUGCGGGCAGGCUGACUGGCCUGCCACUGAGGUGGGAGGGAAGAGGCUGGAUUUUUCAUUACAGGAAAAAGGUCUGCACAAGCAGGUUUUUCUGUAUUCAUUCAUUCACU